CACCCUUUUUGGAUAAUUGUAUAGUUGUAAGAUUUCCAGCUCAUCCUGGUACAGCCAUGGAGGGUCUUGAGCAGCUUGACAUGGUGGGUGAUAUCAGCCCAGCUCUGGAGGCCACAGAGGACUUUAUCCACUGCAUGGAUAGGAUACAAGGCCAAGGUUCAAGCCAGGCCCAAACAGGGAACCUUCAGCCUGCCAGGCAGUCUAAGCAGCUGCAGGAGGUCUCCAGUACAGCUCUGGGCAAGCUGAGCUCCAGCGGUGUGUGGAGCCUGCUGGCUGGAGAGCAGCCAGAGGUGGGGCCUCUAGGCCUAGCAUGGGCUGAUAACUUCAGUGUUUUGGGGCUAGGGAUGGGUUUGAGGCAUGGCAAGAGAAGCCGAGCACGCUCCACCAAUGACCUGGCUGCCCAUACCAAGGAGUGCACCAACAACACCACCAACUCCUCAUCUAACUCGGCCUUUAAGAAGGGACACAGCCGGUCCAGGUCAGAUGUGCACUACCGUCCGUCUGCCUGCACCGACAAUGGAUUGCCCACAGUGGACUGCAACACCCUGAAGAAUAUGAUCCUCAACCACCAGCAAGAGGCUGAUAAAAACAGCAGUAACAGUGUGGUGAAGCAGGGUGAGAUGGAGCAGCGUGAAGGGCCCCGAGGCCGCUGGACAACCUGCCAUGUCGAGCUGACGCCUUGCGAGCUCCGCCUGUACACUCUGGACAGCAGCGCCAACCGCCAGCUGGGCACUGCCUACUCACUGUCACACUGCCAGAGCGUCAUCUCUCCAGCUCCCUGCAGCCAGCCCAGCCAGAUCACCCAGCCCGCAGACCAACGCACGCUUCAGGCUGUCUUCUUCAAUAGCACACGUCUUCAGCUGAGGGCGGCCAACCAAUGGGAAGCCAUGGAGUGGAGAAGGUUGAUUUUGGAGAAGGUGCAGGCAGCCAGACCCAUCAGGCAGGAGAAUCACCAGCAUAAGAGCGGAGUGGAAAAUCAGCAGGUCGCCAAGUUUCCUGCACCCAUGUCACCCUCUUCUUCGCCCUCUCCGUCUGGGCUCGACACCAGGCCUGAUGGCGAAAGCGACACCCCCACCUCAGCAGAGGCAUCCCUCAUUCUUCCGCUGAAUUCUGGUGUCCUGAGCAGACCCACCACCCUGCCCUUGUUCACGCAAUGCUGCCAGGAUGUUCUGAAAGCUGGUCUGCUGUACCAGCUGACGGAUCAGAACAACUGGCGAGCCUUCACGUUUGUCCUCACCAGAUCUCUUCUCCAGGCCUUCCCUACCGAAGGCCGUGGGUCUGUUUCCCAACCUGUCCUCCAGUACUCCCUGGCAUCCUGCAUUGCUGUGCAACAUGAUCAUAAGCCGGAGAAUGGAGAGCCAUGGACAGAUGAAGGGGAAUUCUUCCAGGCUGUUUUCCCCACUGAGGUACUUCGACUUCGUGCUGAUGGUCAUCUUAAGGCCCAGGAGUGGGUAGAGGCCUUGCAGGAGGUUGUCAGAACACAGCAGCCUGCACAAGAAGGGACAGAAUCAGGAGAAGGACCUCCUGGUCUCCAAGGGGUGCUAUUGCGAUCAAAUCCAUCUAGGGACAGGAGGCAAAGGGAAGCCCAGAGAGCCAAGCGGCAGUCAGUCACCACCAGUUUCCUCAGUAUUCUCACCUGUCUGGCUGUGGAGAAGGGGCUCACUGCUCAGAGCUUCAGGUGUGCAGGUUGUCAGCGUCCAAUCGGUCUCUCCAGAGGAAAGGCAAAGGUCUGUUACUAUAGUGGCUGGUACUACUGCCAAGGCUGCCAUCAGGACAACUCUUUUCUCAUCCCAGCACGCCUGCUGCACAACUGGGACACCAGCAAGCACAAGGUGUCUAAACAGGCCAAGGAGUUCCUGGAGUUUGUGUAUGAAGAACCACUGCUGGACAUCCAGCAGCUGAACCCCUGUCUGUAUGAACACUGUGAGCCUCUGAGCAUAGUCCUGCGUCUCCGUCAGCAGCUCCAGUCACUGCGGGCCUACCUGUUCAGCUGCAGAGCAACCGUUGCUGAGGACCUCAGACGAAGGAUUUUCCCCAGGGAAUACCUCCUCCAGCACAUCCACCUGUACUCACUGGCUGACCUGCAGCAGGUGAUUGAUGGAAAACUGGCUCCCUUCCUGUCCAAGGUGAUCAAGUUUGCCAGCUCACAUGUCUUCAGCUGCAGCUUGUGUCGAGAGAAAGGCUUCAUCUGUGAGCUCUGCCAAAACGGGCAGGUCAUCUACCCCUUCCAGGAGAACGCCACCCGGAGGUGUGACAGCUGUGGCGCCGUUUUCCACGCAGAAUGUCGACAAAGAGCUCAGCCAUGUCCUCGCUGUGUUCGCCGGGAACUCCACCACAAGAGACCAUCGUCCUUUUGGUCACCUGAUGAUGACAGCCCCGGAUGUUUCCACCUGCCCUACCAGGACACCUGAGACAAACACCCACAGGAGCCAUAACAAACAGGGCGCCGCCGCCCAGCCAUUAUCCUGGACAACAAGGGCCUGUUUCUCUGAUUUGUGUGUGUCUGCGGGAUGGACCUUGUGACAGUAGGGACCGGGGAGUGGACUCGGAGCAUUUGAUGCAGCAUCAGGUUUGUGUUUUUGUGUGUGGACACGCCUGAGCUGAGCGCCCUUUGUCUUGCUGUAAAAAGCAGGAAAAAAAAAAACUAAGAACUGCUGAGUCAGGCUUUACAGAUCAAACUACUCUCAUUUCGUCGUCCAGCAAACAAACCGAUCAUCCUCUGCCAUCUUCAUCCCCACUCCUCAUCCCUAAAUUCCAAUCUCCAGGAGUUAGACGUGCAUAACCACAGCUGAAAAACUGGAGAAAUUCAAGCUUAAAGAUGAUUAUUGUAACCACCUGCUCUCAAAGUCCUGCUUAGGUUUAGCAAUGAAAUGAGUAGUCAGUAGACAGAAAACUAUCUUGGCAAUGGAUUUAUCAAAAAAAAUGCAAAAUUUGCUGCUCUCUUCUGAGUGAAAUAAGCAAAUUUUAAAUUCCCCUUCCUGUGGGAACAUGCAAUGUUUUUGCCUUUGUUUACAGACGAAAAUACAGAAUAAUUGAAAAUGAAUUUGUGUGUAAUGAAAAUACGUUAACUCAUGUUAAAGUGACAGACCACUCAAACCUUCACACACGGUAGCCUUGAGCAGGUUUUUUGUUCCUUUCAGAACUUGUAUUUAUGUCAGCCACAGUGCAGUCAAGGGUAACUUUUUUUUUUUUGUUCGUGGGUUUUCUUGAACAGUCCUGCAGCACAAUCAGCUAUUUUACUCACCAUGUCCCAAACAUUAUAUUUGCUAUAACACUGUUAAAUUCACUUCUUUGAAGGGGUGAAUCCAAGCCUGAAGCUCACAACUAUGUUUUUUGUGAUCUCCAGAAGACUCACAAGAUUAUUGAUCUGAAAGAAAAGGUGUGUUGACGCAGGUGAAACACUGCAGAGUGGUUCAUAUCAACUAUAAGACCAGAUUUCACAACUCUUGAAAAUUAUCAAGGCCCUCCUUCUACUUCAGUGCAAUAAUCUCAAAGUAAACAGAAGAAAAACAGGGUUCGCGUUAGAAGUGAUUGACUCUGAAUGAGCACUCGCUGUCAGUGGAUGGCGCUGCGUUGCCCAGCAAAUUGUUGCAUUUGGUUCUUUAGAUGAAAAAUGUCAUAGAUUGUUGUGGAGAGGUUCAAACUCCAUGAAUUAAUUUACUGUAAAUUCUCCCACUGCUUGUGGUUUUCAAAAGUUAUCAAGCACGGAGGACACUAGUCGCAUUAACAGUGCACGUUAAACACUGCAGAAAGUUAAUAAACAACCCGUUUUGAAAUAAUAUGAUUAUUGUCACACAUUAGCUUGUUCCAUGAUUUCCAAAACAUCUUAAACUUUAGAGUGAUGAGAGGAGUCUUUAACUAUUUCCUGAGAUAUAAAGACAUAUUGCUUCAUUGGUUAAUUGACAGUGGAGAAUAAUAAUCAGCUAAAAUUAUUAUUUAGCCUUUUUCAGUCGGUAAACUGCAGUUUUGUGCUAACAUUUGGGACACAUGGAUGAACAGAGGGAAGUGGAUUCUGCUGCAGGGCUGUUUUACAGCAGUGACAUUUACUGUUUGACUAAAUCCAAACUGACCAAAGCUGCUGCUGCUCUGAAGAAGCAAAAAAAAAAAAACCCCAAACAUUUAAUUACAUGUUCAAGUCUACAGGCAGGGUGUUAAUAUAAUAAAAAUAAUAGCUGUGAUUUUAAGUAUGAAAAUCCUUCCAUCCUUCCUCCCUCCUGGUUAUAACGCCUCUCCUCUUUUUUCCCCUCAAACUAAGUUAUUUACAAUUUCUCCUCACUCGUUUGGUCACUGUUUAUUUAAUAGAAAUAUCAAAUGCAAACAGACUUCAGUUAAAAGGGGCUCUGUCGGUGUGUUUGGGCACAUUUUCUUCCCUCCAUCAGUCUGACUGUAAAAUAACAAAGGGGCAAUAAUCUACUGUAACUUAUUCUUUCAUUGUUGCCUUUUUCCUUCCUGUGUGAUUCUACUUCCUGUUGUGCUUUAUUCAUGCAGAAUCUAUCAAACAUGAUAGCAGCUUUAGCGUUUUAGUAUCUCUAUGCAACCUAGAUGGCCUUUAUAACCCACAGCUCUGAUGUGUAAAGGUCUGGGAACAUUUUUGUUUUCUUUACAAUGCUGCACCAGCGGUGUUUACAUCCAGUUUUAAGUAUAUAAUAACAUAAUAAUAAUAAUUUAAAGAAAACUGAUUGUUUCAAUCAGCAGGUUGUGGCUGUUAAAUUAAUUUCAUGUUUUCUUUGCUGAUUUAGGAUUAAAUUAAAAUCAAAUGAAAGACGGUAAAAUCUGCAUCUGGUGAUCAGUUAAAGCUGCACUCUGAUUUUAAAACAUAUUGCAAAGCAGGAAUUAAUGAAUUUCUCAACAUCUUGAAUUCAUGGACUGCAGCUUUAAUGCUCAAUAUGCCAAAACAUUUAAUGUGUGCACAAGCAUAGCUGCCGUUUCUUUGUUAUACUUUUAAUUUUUUUUAUUUUAAAAAAUUGAGAUCUCAGAUUUUUCCCAUCUGUCCAUUCUUAUCUUCUUUUUAUCAGCUUCUUUGAGCCAUACAAAAAAAAUCAUGUCAACUUUGAAAUGUGACAAACUUCAGCUCAGCUGGUUUUGAUUCAGGAUUGUGUGUUUUUGUGAGCACAGAGAUCGGACAGUUACACGUAUUUAUGAAGCACACAGGAUACUGCACACUGAAGCUCAGUAGGCUCAUGUAGUUUAAAAGAAAAGUACACUGAUGUUUGAGCUAAAAUGAAAUGAUUAUAUUUUAUUUUGAUUUGUUUUGUUUUGUUUUUGUGUUGUUCUGAAGGUCAUAACUGAAGCCACGACAGGUGAUAUUAAAAAUGAAGUGUUUAACUUGUUGUCUGAUCGUGCCUGCUGCAUAAAAAACAAAAGUUUUUGGUUUUUAAUAAGUAUUUUUGAUUAUAGUUUGUGACUGUGAAGGUUUAUUUUUUGUUUUGAAAUCAUGCUGUUUUUUGCACGGUAGAGCCCAGCAGGUGUCAAAGGUCAUUUUGUAAAUGACUGUUAUUGUUUAUCACACAGUUCAGAGUUCUGCAAGGGACUAAAUCGCGAGCAAUCAGACCAAAAUCCAACCACAAAAGUGAGGUCAUCUGCACCCAGUUUCAUAAAGAGCAUAACCAAACUUCAACCUGGCCCAGUGCAACCAAACACCUUAUAUUCCUGUCACUGAUUGCAAGAUUUUUUUUCAUUGUUUAGGUGCUAUUUUUGCAAAACCUGACAUCAUAAGACUAAAAUAUUACACACUGCAAAAGGAAACAAUUCUUACAAGAGUCUUGCAAGAAUGUUUUUGUGGUUUUGUUUUGUUUUUUUUAAUUACACAUACCAUCAGCUAAAUAAGUACACCAGUGAUGCCCUGAUAAUAUCAAUUAAAAACACUAUAGGAUACAGCUUUUGUGUGUGCAGGGACAGGCAGCUUAUACACACUUAUCCAGAAGUAUUGACUCUGUAUUCUGAAUAAUGCACAACACUGUAUUAAUAAGGGAAUUAAUAAGUGUGUGUGCGUGUGUGUGUAUGUGGGUGGGGAGUGGGGGGUAAGUAUUCAUUCCACAAACAAAAGUGAAACAGUGGAAAAAAUCUUUUGUGCUAGAAAACAAACAACAAAAUAAAUUAGUCCUAAUCUAACCAUAUUUAUGGGUCAGUAUCACCUGGAAUUCCAUAUCGGAAUGUAAUACACUGAGUUGUGUAUAUGUGGAAAGUGGGUUAUAAAAUUAUAAACUGUGUAAAGCAAAAAAACAUGCAUUUACUUUGACCAACUUGCUAAAUGAAUUGGCUGCAAGUGUUUCAGAGAGAAUAAUAAAUGUAUUAAUAACAUUUGCACUCAAACAAUUACUGUAAAAACUUGAUACGGCACAUUUUCGCACAGCUUGGUAAUAAUGUGGUGAUAGUGGGGUAAGAAGCUGGCAACUGACGGUAAUAAUACAGAAAUAAGUUAUUACUGCUUAAUUACCAAAGUAAUGAUCUUGUAUCAACAGUGGUUAUAAAUCUGAGUACACUUUACUCGAAUGCUAUCAUUAGGUUCAUAUUUGUGGAUCUGAGUGAAAUGGAUGGAAAAUGUAGCACAGAGAUUUAUAUAGUUACUUUGUGCUCAAUUCUAAUUAGUAAAUGUUAUUAUGCUAACACACUAUGAACUAAGAUGAUGACCAUAUGCAUGUUACACAUGAACUUCUUGGAAGAGUCGUCUUAAACAGCUCAAAGCACAAAUAUAGCCUCACACUGAUGCGCGCACAUAUCAGAUCUGUUUGUACAAGCGAACAAGUCUUUCAGCUAAAUGAUUAUAUUGGUUUUUGUUCCAGCUGUCUAAAAUGACACAUACAGCUCAUGAAAUAGCAGAUAGGAGCCACUUCAGUUUAAAAGAAAUGGCAAAGUCUGCAUUAGGAAGCAAAAGUCAGGGAGGGUGGAGGUUCCACAAAUACACAGUUUACACAAGACUUGAGUUUGACUCUCAUGUUGGGUCAUUUUCACUUGCUCUUUAGUGGUUUUUGUGGCAAACUUUUUUUUGUUUGUUUUUUAUUUCCUAAAAUUACAAAACAUUUUCUAACAGCUCUCUUUUUUUUUUUUAAGCCCACAACGUGCAUUUUACAUGCAGUUACUCACACGACCUAUAGAGGUCGGUCCCUUGAUUUUAAAAUGUGACUAUAAAUCGCAAAAAACGGCUUGUAUGCAUGUCUUAUCCAAUUUUAUCCAGUCUCAAAGUGAAGCAUGCGCUACAUGUUGUUACAAAGCUAAUAAGUUUUGAUUUACUGACAUGAAUCAGAUUGUUUGGGGGGUAUUUUUUUAGAUAUGGAAAAAGCCAAAUCUGGAUAGAUUUUAAUACUGGAAACUGAAAAAAGCAGAACUGGCAAACACAAACACAGAGAGGCGUCCAAUUAGUCAUCACAGUAAGAGGUGCGCAUACAUCCUGAAGACAUUUGCUAAUAUGCAAAUUGCCACAACUGCAAGUUGAAAUCAUGUGUUCACGAGUCAUAAUAAUGCCAGUCCUUACCUGCUACAAACAAAAUGAUAACAGUGACAUUAAUAUCUACUUUACUUGGAUAUUUUGUUGGUAAUUAAGUGGUAAUAAUGCUCCAUCUUAUUGCCUGUAUUACCAUAUUAUUAUUGAGCUGUAACCGAAAGGGCAACCUUAACUAUUUUUAAAAGGCAAAGGGGACAUGAAGUUCUGUUGCUCCAGUAUUUUGAUACAUUUUUAAUAGCACAUAAGUUACUAGUUUGCGUGCAUAACUGUCAUAAAGUUUAAAAAAAGAAAAGAAAAAAAGAUAAUAACCAAAUACCUGCUGGGCCUAUAAUUCGCCACAAUGUAGCUAGAGUUACUUGAUUGUGUACUUUAAGAAAUGUAUUCAAUUAUUUUCUUUUAAUGCUGUUUUUUGAUUUGUGCAAGUACACGUUUGUUUAUUUGAUUUUUAAACAUAACUGCAACGUCUGUGCUUUCCCAGCUGUUUUCACAUGACUGCAGUGUCAUCCUUCCUCAUAACCUCCAGGCUAAAAUCCUAAGUUGAAAUUUUAAGGCAGUUUUAUGACUGAGUUAGGAUCGUUUUCUUUGGGUACAUGACUUGAAAAUUUGUUUUAUGUUUCAGGCUCAUGGUGAUCACUGCAGUAUGGUCUUAGAGAACAGUAUAUUGUACAGUAUUUAAGCACAGUAGCUGGACUGGAAAUCUUUUGCACUUUUUAAGUUUUUUAUUAUCCUUUAUUUUUUAUCACAUCCAAAUUCUGAUGCAAAUACAGGGAGUUGUUCUUUUUUCUCUCUUAUUUAAUCAGCCUUUCCUGAUGUCUGAUUUUGUUCAAAUUUAUCUGCUAGCCACUGAUGCCAAUAAAGACAAACCUCUCAACAGUGAAA